AUGCAGGUACACAAGGAAACGAUUGACAAAAUUCCUGGGGCUGUGCCAGGGAGGGACAAUGUUAAUAUUGAAGUUUAUGGAAUGGAAGGAUUGCCGCCUGAUGCAAAGCCUAAUGAAACAACUCCACCACCUUCUAAAAUCCCCCGUCCUGCAAUGCCGCCUUUACCUCCUGUCGCUCCACCCAUGUUAAUGCCUGGGAUGGCUGCAAUGCAACAAUUCCAGGCGGCUGGUGGUUUGUUACGAAUGCCUGCGAUGGGGAUGAGGCCUUUUAUGCCACCUUUCGGCCCCAACGGCUCUUUUCCAAUGAUGCGACCACCAAUUCACGGCAUGCCAGCACAAAUAAUGUCAAAUAUGAUCCCUACAAGUUCGUCGUCAGCUCCAAAUUUUUUACAAAUGGAAGAUGCCCCGCCAUUGCCGCCAACACCGGCUGCUGCUUUUGCUGCUUAUCAAGAAUCAAAAGAUACGAGGGGCGAAAGUAAAAAUGAUGAAGGAGGAGAACCGUCAACUUCAAAGAAACCUGAAGGAGGGGUGUGUAUUGGCGCCAAAACGAGGAUAAUUUGCCCGGAUGAGUAUGAAUCACUGGAAGAAUUAAUGGCAAUACGUAUCGUUCCACAAUUUGCUCGCAGUUUAGCAGCUCAUUUUCGACCUUAA